CCGUCACUCCCCCGAACCGUCGGAAGUGCGUCCCCGUCCUGCGUCUCCCUGCACUCCGCCAGUCACAACCCGCCUGCGAUUUCGCAUUAUCGGCCUCUUCUUCACGCCUUUGCACGGGCUCGCAAAGCCGUGCUGUCGAGGAGAAGUCCGGGUUCGCACGCGAGCGAGGCGGCUCCGGCCUUGGAUUAUGUUGCCAUUCCAACCGAGCAUAAUGAUGUGGGAUUCAUUUCUGCUCUUGCAACCUCAGGAACGACCAGUUAUGCUUUCUCACUUGUAUUUUAUCCACCAAGGCUGAGCAUAUGUAGCUUUAAACGCCUUUAGAUAGCCAUCUAUUGUAGACAAAAGACGGCUGCGAAGUAAUAGGCAAUAAUUCAAGAGGUUCUGAUCUCCAAUCUAUGGAGAAAGUAGCCAAGAUGUGGGGUAACAUCAGGAGUCGAUGCCAAGCCCUCUUCCACGCCGAUGGCUCGGAGUCCAAUUUGUGUAGCCAGGAUGUUGAUCGAGUCCACUGCAUGAUGGACUUGGGGAGAGGAGCACAUGCAAGUGAACCCGGUGGAACUAGGUCUUCCACACCCUCACGGAACCUAUCACCACUCCCAAUGGUGACCAGAGGACGCAGAGGCCAUAACUGUGUGGCAGAUAUUCCCCAGAUAGUUGAAAUCUCAAUUGACAAAGAUAGCGAGGAUGCACGAAGGGGCCCUCUUGUGCGUAGGGACUCGUACUCUCGGCACGCUCCCUGGGGAGGUAAAAAGAAGCAUUCCUGCUCAACUAAAACACAGAGUUCUCUUGAGGCCGACAGGCGAACCGGACGCUCAAGAGGAAGUACGUCCAGGAGGGAACGUCGAUAUGGGAUUAGCUCUAUCCAAGAGAUAAAUGAUUCUAUCGGAGCUGGCAGCAGUGGGCGCAGCCUUAGUGCCCGCUCUCUGCGUCAGCGACUCCGAGAAACUGUAGGCCUGUGUCUUCCUCUGCCUGUACAUUACCGCUCACAGUCAGCUAAAGGUCAGGCGUCUUCCAAACGCAAGAUCCACCUGACUGAACUGAUGCUAGAAACGUGCCCUUUCCCACCUGGUUCUGAUUUGGCCAACAAGUGGCACCUAAUUAAGCAGCAUACGGCACCAGUCAGCCCUCAUUCCUCAACUGCUCUUUUGGAUGCAUUUGAUUCAACACAUCCCUCCCCGGAGGAUGAGGAGGAGAGGUUACGUGAGCGACGGAGGCUUAGCAUAGAGGAAGGAGUGGACCCUCCUCCGAAUGCACAAAUCCAUACACUGGAGGCAAUUUCACACAGCUCUUCCCUCUAUAAACUGGGACCAAAGAUGGCCCCUGCUGUUGGGGAAGGACAUGGAGAGGCCCGGAGUAUGGGAACGGUCUCUUCUGUUUCUGUGGGUUUAUCAGGGAUUGUCGGACAAGUUGGGGCGAGUAUGGCUGUGCCUGCCCACUCUAUUGACUGUGAUUCUGAGGAAGACUCUACGACCCUCUGUUUACAGACAAGGAGACCCAAACAGAGGCAUGCAUCUGGGGAUGCUCAUUGCUCCAGACAGCCAGGGCCUUGGAAGGUUCACACACAGAUUGACUAUAUUCAUUGUUUGGUGCCUGACUUACAGGCCAUAACUGCACUUCCCUGUUAUUGGGGGGUGAUGGACCGGUACCAAGCAGAAGCGCUGCUGGACGGACGGCCAGAAGGCACCUUCCUGCUACGCGACUCUGCGCAGGAGGACUACUUAUUCUCUGUCAGUUUUCGACGAUAUAAUCGUUCGCUGCAUGCACGCAUUGAACAAUGGAAUCACAACUUUAGCUUUGACGCGCAUGACCCCUGUGUCUUCCACUCUUCCACAGUUACAGGCUUGCUGGAGCACUAUAAAGACCCCAGUGCCUGUAUGUUUUUUGAGCCCCUGCUUACCGCUCCCUUACACCGAACUUUCCCUUUCAGUCUGCAGCAUUUGGCGCGAGCCGCCAUCUGCAGACACACUACCUACGAUGGCAUUGGUGCUCUGCCACUGCCUUCAACCAUGCAGGAUUUCCUGAAGGAAUAUCACUACAAACAGAAAGUACGGGUGCGCUGGCUGGAGAGAGAGCCACCACUCAAGGUCAAAUGAGAUCUGGCUCUUUGCCUGAGAGAGGAAAAGUAGAGCCUUGCUGCCAGAGGAGUGUGUGGCUCGUAUUAUCCAUCCUGCAGCUGGCAUAAGACAUGUUACAAACUUACGCCAGUUUUUUUCUUUGUUAAUACUACACAUAAAAUCCAUAAGUAUGAUGCAAAGCGGUACAUGCUGUCAGGCUAGCUUAUGUGCUGAAGUGUUGAGCAUGUUGGGAAAGAGAUGGUUGCUUUCCCAUUGCUCUUUAUUUCCUUGUAUUCAGUGGAUCUACAUUAGCCUGCUCACAUGCUAGCUGCUUUAUCUCUUUUAGUGUAUAACACUAUUUUAAGCAGUAUAGCAAAAAUGUUGUCACAUUAACCAGCCUCUUGUUUGUUAGCCUUUCGGCUUAGUUCAGUGUUAAGAUAUAUUCAACAAAUUUUUGCAACUCCUUAUACCCGAGCAACUCCUACAGUACUCUCUAAAACCUAUUGUUAGAUGCAUAAACUGUAUGGAUAUUUGCUAAGUCAUGGCUAAUUUGUCAGCAAUACCUUUCAUGAUACUUUACAGCAGCCUGCCAGUGUCAGGUUCCCUGGGGCAGCACUUGCUAAGUACUGUGUACAUGAACAGGGUCACAGUUAGACACGCACCUCCCGGCACCAAGCAUGUUUUAUUUUUAAAAUGGUGGCAGACAGACGUGAAAGGAAUGAGUUAAUUACAUAAGGAGAAGGGAGAUGCUAUACGCGAAAAGCUACCAUUUCCUUUCACCAAGUAACCACAGAGUUGGCCCACAGGCGCAGCGCACCAUGUGCCAUAAGAUAUAGAGGGUGUUAUUUAAGACUAGGCCCUCGUGAAGUCUCAUAUCCCAGCAUUACCCUAGUUUUAAACAAUCUAUUUUACUAUUGUCUAUUUUUAUCAAUGACGGUCUAAAGUUACAUACGGCACUUUAAUUGUUGUCUGUGUAUCGCACAAAGACAUAGACGCUUACAUAUAGACAGAUUAUAUUGUGUGUCUGUGUCUUUAAAUGGAGCUUAUGCAUUGGAUAUCAGUUUUAACCCUGAAAUUAUUGUGUAUUUUUCAGCAUGAUUCACCCAAAGUAGAUGUUUUUGUCAAGUAUCUCUUACCUAGCCCUGUGCAUAUGGUAUGUACUCCAGGCUUUAAGCCGUUGUGGCUAUAUAUGCAACCACCAAAAGUGGACAAAAAUUUCUCUUAGAUUGCUUUCACUUUAGAUAGAGUUAGAACACAGAUGCCAUCACUGUGUAUAUAUUUAAUGUUAGUUGGAUUGAUGUCCAGGUUAUUAAGUGUAGUUGGUUCCACCUGGUUAUGUUGCACUUUCAUUUAAUAUGAAGCAGCUAUGCUUCUCUUGUCUUGUGCACUAAUGAUUCUCUGAACACUGAAAAAAUAUUGUUUUAAAACUAUACUCUUGAAAACGCAUGGCCUUAAUCACAAAACCUUAAAAAAUGGCCAACAAAAAUCAUGCUCUUAGGUUUAAUUGGAUGUUUGGCAUUGCACUGGUUGGCUCUUGGGGUCCAGUCAGAUUUCAGCCAACGCAGAAUAGCUGCAUAACAAUAUACAAUCAAUAUGGGGCAGUUUUCAGUAUUAGGGUGUUUGAUGAUCAGUGACCAAAGGUGUGCAUCUUUAGGUUGUUACUGUGCAUAAGAAACGCUCCACAAUGCAAUUUGAUUAUUUAUAAACAGUACAAUGGCUUAAUUAUAGUGUACAGUAUUUUGGCAGAGUUGCACCCUUUUUUUUUAAAGCCAUUUAUUUUAAUUGCAAUUAAUUACUCUUUCGCAAUAUGCUCGCUGGAAGGAAGUCAUUUUGUUAUUCUUAGACCAUUUUUUCCACACAUUUUCCACUUGACCUGACUGAAUGCUCAAAACAUCCACCGUGUACACUGUACGCUCUGUGUACGGUCUCCAAUUAUGUAAACUGUGAAUUAGCAUGUGUCGUGUGAUGUCAUUGACUUUUAAGACUUGAGCUGGAAUACCACAUUCUUCGGUGGGUUUAUAGACACCACAUUUCUUUAAAGCCUUUGGUGACAGAUUUGAAGCCUCAAGCCAUAUUAAAUAUAGAUUUAUACUGGAGCCUCAAAAAUUUCCAGUGUGAGUUUCAUUGCAUAAGGUAAUAAAACCUAGUGUCUAUUUACACUUAAGCGCAAAUAGCAUCCUUUUGUUGGCAAACACUAUUUACACUAGCUCCGCCCACCAAUGUCUGGUUGGACCACUAAAACUUUAGCGGAUUCAGUGGUGCAGGCUGUGGAGCGUAAACUGGCUUUUGUUGCAAGUUCGCUGGUUUAAAUCUACCUUUUGCCGACCUAGCUCAUCACAUAUGACAUCAAAGUACCAUGUCAUUUCUGUCUGAUACCUUUAAUUCUCAAAUGAAACACACAUAACGCAAUAUUGCAAAAUAUUAACACAAGGCUUCAGGCACACCACACUAAAAUUCAGACAUUCAAAAUGCUUUCAUGAUGUAAGAUGAUGUAAACAGCUACGUUUAUGAGAGAGGGCGAGCAGCAUUUUUAAGGGUGUUGGUUUGAGGGCUGUUAAACGCUUAAGCCUGUUCCUCACCAAAUCCCUUAACAGUUUAUUUAAACACUGUGGCAGUCAUUCGGGGCGUUUUUUGCCACUACACAGUGAGCGAGGCUCUCAGGGUUACACCCUGCUGCCUUACACGCACUAAUCGCAGGCUAAAUUUACUGUGUUAGCCUCUAAAUUUACCAACUGCUAAAAGGACCACUCUGUGUUUCUUGAUGCUACGAAAAUAGAGGAAAGAGGGACUUUUCGCUCCAAUUUGUCUUCUCCGUCCCCGAUCUGACCACAUCCUCAGCAUCACCCACUUUCUUGGACAUGUAUACGGCUGAAAGCAGAAAGCUGGUUGUUUGUCUAGUCCGCAUGCUAUGCUAAAGUUAGCAUUAGCAUGAGGCUAAAACACACAGUGCUCCAUUGAGCAAUAUUGAAUGCUGUGAGAAACGGGGCUGUGUUUGAAACCGCAGCUGUUAUUUAGUUAAUAGUUUAGAGAAUGUAGCGCGAGGGAAAUGACACACCAAACUUUAUCCAACACAGUGUUCUUCAGUAACUCAGGCAGAGUUUAUUGCAUUUUAAAUGGGGGAUAUAAAAUCGCAACAGUGGGUCUGCAGAUCGCAACAAAGAUUGCUGUGAGGAGUCUUAUGAGACUCCUGUGAACUGCGUCUUGUGCUUACGGCCCGGGGACAUUUUUCCUGGUUUUUAAUGGUUAACAAAUGGAUAAUUGUGAAAUGGCUUCUCUGUGCGGAGGAGUCUUGAUGUUUUUUCGCCCUUUUCCCCAUGGGAAAUGUGUUAUGUCACCCACUGUAAUGUAUAAUGACCGACCGUACAACCACGUCAUGUAGACCCUGCUUGCAGUUUAGCUGGUGAAGUGCUUGACACAUACUCAAACAUACUUGCACGUAUAUUCAAAUGUACCCACAUGUCAACUUUCUGGCCCUGUGAUUACCAACAGUAUUGUCUCAAAUUUUUUUUUAAUGUUUUGUGUAAGUUGUAGUGAAUUAUAUAAUGCACUAUAUGCUAUAGAUUGUGGCAGAGCAGUAUUUGAUUAUGAAUUGACUAAUCCUACUGUUUAAAACAUAACUCUUUUAGCUUUGCUUCGGUGCCAAUGUGUAAAGCUCUGGGGCCGCAUUUAGAAACAUACGCAAAAUAAUGUUCAAAAUAAUCAUAUAUAUAUAAUGAAUAUAGAAAUAUCAAUGUCCUUAUGUAAGUCAAUCAUGGGUAAUGUGCAGAUUUUACAUUUCAAGCGUAAAAUUAUCAGAUGUGUGUUUAAUAAAUAAGGUCCCCUGAUCUUUUCAACCUUGGUGUGAACAUUUUUUCGGAAGGGGUCGAGUAAUAUUUUUCGUAGCAUUUAACAAGAUCAUUAUUUUUACAUAAAUCAUAUCUAAUAUACAGUGAGUGCGAUGUAACAGUGGUUACAAUCUUGUGUCACUUUAAUGCUAAACGUGCACGCUUAUAGCAGUACUGUAUGUGUGUGUGUGUGGUGGCUGCGCUGACAGGGCUUGAUGAUGAUGAUGGGGCUAAUGGUUGUCAUUUCUGACCAAUCACAAACAGCCUUCCCAGCUGCCACAGGCUAACCCAUAUCUAAUCAAACAAGUAUCACCAAAUAUUCAAUGUGCUAUUCGUUCCCUUUUCAUCAUAUUUUCUUAUUUUAUUAACUAAUGUCUGGAUGGAAGUGUGUUUAGAAAAGAUGUUCACAUUUUAGUUUUGAUGUUUUUGUUUGUCCUUUCCACCUUUUUUCUUUGUUUCUACUUUGCAAUGUUCAUUGUUACAGCUGAUGCACUUGUAGUCGUCACUCUUGGUGCUUUGUGAAUGCUUUAUUGUCUUAAUAAUAUUAAUAAAAAAUAUUGAGUGUACCAUGCAGUAAAUAUA